GUACAGAGCAGUGGCCUCCUGGAGCCGUGUGCAGGGCAUUGGCAUCCCUAUGAUCACUGCUAUUGAGAUCUUCUCCAUCUGGCUUCUGUCCUUCAUACUGGCUAUUCCAGAAGCCAUUGGGUUUGCUGUGGUACCUUUUAGGUACAAGGAUGAAGGUUAUGUUACCUGCAUGCUCAACCCUACGAAUAAAUUUAUGUUGUUCUACAAAGAUGCCAAGGACUGGUGGCUGUUUGGGUUCUAUUUCUGCAUGCCCCUGGCAUGUACUGCCAUCUUUUACACACUAAUGACCUGUGAAAUGUUAAACAGAAGGAACAGCAACUUGAGGAUCGCCCUCAGCGAACACCUUAAGCAGCGCCGAGAAGUUGCCAAGACAGUUUUCUGCUUAGUAGUGAUUUUUGCUCUCUGCUGGUUCCCCCUCCACUUGAGCCGAAUUUUGAAGAAAAUGGUCUACAAUGAAAGAGACCCUGGGAGAUGUGAGCUGCUCAGUUUCUUGCUGCCUUUGGAUUAUAUCAGCAUCAACCUGGCAACCAUGAACUCUUGUAUAAACCCAAUAGCUCUGUAUUUUGUGAGCAAGAAGUUUAAAAACUGUUUCCAGUCAUGUCUUUGCUGUUGCUGCUCCCAGUCGAAGAGUCUGGUGACUUCAGUGCCCAUGAAUGGAACAAGCAUCCAGUGGAAAAACCAGGAACUAAAUAAUCACAACACAGAUAGAAGCAGCCAUAAAGACAGCAUAAACUGA